CGACUGUCUGUGUGUGUUAAAAUCAAAAUAAAAAAAUUAUUAAUUUUGAUAAUUUAUUGAGGUCUGCCUUCUUUUAUUGUCUGGUGCUGUGGUGCAUUUUUUGCUUUUUUUUUGUUUCAAUUUUUUCCCUCUGUAAAAUCUGUAAUGCGACUUAACUACUAAGCACACAAAUUAGAAAAUUAAUACAAGAAACAAAUAACAAUUCAAUCAAUAUGGAUUUUGUUAGACCAAUUCUAAAUUGUUUGUCAAAAUUCUGCAGUUGUAUCAACUGUGCAGAAGAUCUUGGUACUCAGGGUUUAGAACCAAACGAACGCACACAUUUGCUUGUUGAUCCAGUCAACAAUAGUCCUGCUUUGCGUCGAACAAAUUCCGACAAUUUAAGUAAUGAAUAUUCACAAUCUUUGCCAAAAAAGGAUGAGCAGAAUGCUUUGAGUCGUCUUGUCCAAAAUACAGAAGUAAAUAUGAUUGAUGUUGGUGCAAUGGAUUCACAUAACAUAGAACAUCAAGAAUACAACGAUAGAAUAAAAUUGUAUAACCAGCGUUUAAUGCAGCAAUGGAAUACGGUUCAGCAUCCUGGAAUAGUGCCAAUGGGUUUCCUCAAGGAUAUACCAAACCCAGAAUACUAUUUGACUUCUGUUCCAAUAUCUGCCGUAGAUCUUGCCCAAAUCAAAUCAGCUGUUAGUAAAGCAAAAGUUGCAGUUAAUGAUAUAAGAGUUGAACAUAAUGAAGAUAUUGUGGUGCCUUUUCGUAUUCCCUAGACUUUAAGUGAACAAAGAGCUUUUCUUUUGAAUAUGUUCACAGCGACAUCAUUUGAAUUGGCUUGAAUUCAUAUGGAAACAAAAAACAAAUCACCUAUCAAUUUUUAUGUUUAUUCUUUUUUCUUUAAAAAUGAUCACUACACUCUCUCUUUUAAAUUUUGGGUUUAAACUAGUUAAGCAAGUGCAUUAUAAUAAAGAAGCGCUCAUGUUGAUACAUAUUCUAACAAUUUUUGUAAUUUUAAGAAAAAAAAGAAAUAAUCUGGAAACUUUUGUCAAAAAAAAAUAGCACGUACCUAUUUUUUAAGUUACAAUAAUAACGCUGGCUUGCUUACGUAUAU